ACAACUUGUGUGACUGGAAACAUUAAAAAAAAAAAAAAAAAAAGCUCCCUUCAAAAUGACGUGAAAGCGACGCCGUUUUACUCCUGAAAAACGCCUGCAAACCGACCGCGAUCGUGGCUUCGGAUUUCUCAUCCCCGCACAGAUCUAUCUAAUCUAUCUCCGCUGCUGCAGAAGGAAUUUUUUUGCAUCAAUUUGCCGGCGAAGUUCUCAGAAGGGUGAAAGAAAGCGGUGAAUCGAGCAACAAUGUCGCACAGCGACACCAUCCCCCUCCACUCUUCCUCGCAGUCGGACAUCGACGAGAUCGAGAAUCUAAUCAACGCCAGCGUCCAGUCCGGGCCGGCAACAGUUCAACCCGCCCGCCCACCGAGUCCGCCGCGGAUCCCCGUCUCGUCCUCUCCGUUUCUUCAAUCUAACCUCCCUCCGCCUUCGACAGCGGCAGCGAAGCUUCCCCCUCUCCCGUCGUCCUCCGCGCCGCCUUCUGUGCUUCCCGCCACUGUCCCCGCGCCCGCCGCCCAGCCACCUCACGGGAACUCGGCCGGAUCGAACAAUUACGCGGCGUCUGGAUUCGGCCCGGCUCCGAACACGUUGACGGAGCCCGUAUGGGACACGGUGAAGAGAGAUCUGUCGAGGAUCGUGAGCAAUUUGAAGCUGGUGGUGUUUCCGAAUCCGUUUAGGGAGGAUCCGGGGAAGGCGUUGAGGGAUUGGGAUCUUUGGGGCCCGUUCUUCUUCAUCGUGUUCUUGGGACUCGUCCUCUCUUGGUCCGCCUCUGUGAAGAAGUCUGAGGUUUUUGCUGUUGCAUUUGCUCUACUUGCAGCUGGUGCUGUCAUAUUGACUUUGAAUGUUCUGCUACUGGGUGGGCACAUAAUCUUCUUCCAGAGUCUUAGCCUUCUAGGUUACUGUCUCUUCCCUUUGGAUGUGGGGGCCCUAAUUUGCAUGUUGAAGGACAACGUGAUCCUGAAGAUAGUGGUGGUGUGCGUCACUUUAGCUUGGAGUUCAUGGGCUGCCUACCCCUUCAUGAGCUCAGCAGUGAACCCGAGGCGAAAGGCCCUCGCACUCUAUCCCGUCUUUCUCAUGUACGUAUCCGUCGGGUUUCUCAUCAUCGCCAUUGAUUAAAUGCAUUGGCAGCUCCCCUGCUACGGGACUCGACGUGAAUUGAAAUUCAAAACCCCCACAGUAUAUAGGUUUCCUAUUAGGAUCGUCAUUGGUGCUUUGGUCGACUGAGAAUUACUGCAUCUCUGUUUUGGCUACUCUUUGCUGCUGACGUUAUGAAACUUUGAUGUGGCCAUUUUGUACUUAAAACUUGUUUACAUCAUCUUCUUGGGAGCGUUCGAUUUUGAGAGUGAAGCUGGAGUCUAGAGUGUUAUGGUAAGAUCUGGUUGUAGUUUGUUUUCCUUUUCGUAUGCUAGUGCUGAUAAAGGACAUUUCCAAACUGUUUUUACUGUAAACCAUCAUGUGAUAUCCAUAUUCAGUUGAUUCUGAGGUUAGAUCUGAGGGAGAUCUUGGUUUGAAAGUGUAUAAGUUUGGAGUCUGGGAUUCAAUUGCUUUCACUUGCUUUUCUUGUGCUGUUGUUGACCUGUUGUCCAGAGGAAUUGGUGGGCUUAUAAAGACUGUGGGAUAAUGGGAUUGCAUUGGCCCAAUACAUUGGGAAAUUGGGGGUGUUUGGGUUGGUGGUUGAGAGUGGCCAAGUGUUUCAGGCUUUCAGCUGGAUGGGAAAGCC